AUGAUGAGGGUCACCUUCAUCACUCAGAGACAGGACAUUAUUAGUGGAACUGAGACCUCUGACUUGAUGAAGGAAUGGCCAUAUCUGUUUGAGAUAACUGGCAUGAAGAUUCAUUUUGAAGAGCUCACUGGCAUGGACGUGGAUGAGAAUAACAUAGCAAAUAAAUGUGCCAGAGUUGUUUCAUUCCUUAAACACAAUGACAAGACCGAGAGGAUGGCGGCCAUUUUCAGAGAAAUGGAAACAUCUAGCAAGAAUGUUGCAGUGUUUCUUCCACUACUGCUCAAGUACUUCAAUGAAGAGGAAGACCAGAUGUUCUUCAAAGUGGAUCAAACAACCCUGCCCUCUGAAGUGGACUGCACUAAACUCCCAAGUACACCAUGCUACAUGCUAUCUGUGGACCAGACCAUUGUGAAUGGCCGUAUCACUGUCUUCAGCAAAGCACUUAUCCUGAUGUUUGGCUCUUACUAUUGCAUGAACAUUUCCUAUCCAGCAGGCCAAGCAGCAACCUUGGAAUUCUUGCAAAGGGUUAAGAUAAACCCCGACAAGGGAUCCAAAGUGGUGCGGAACACAUCUAAGACACACCUCGCGGUCAGUCCAAAGGUCCUGACGUUGAUAACCAAAAUUGCGGACUACGAGUGGAGAGCCUAA